UUUGCACACUUGAAGUUGAAACCUUUGGCAAGUCGUCAACAUUUCAGAGAGCACUUUAAAUGUUUUGAUUUGAGAGCUAAUGCAGCAUUUCCCACUGAUCAACAUGAGCAGUUCAGACAGAAAGCAAACUACAUUUCCCUCAACAUCAGUCAGAUGUUAUACUCACUUGCUGAUCCCCUCUUGCCUACAUAGACCAUAGGAGAAUGGAAAAAUAGGUCUUUCCUUGAGCAGUUACAAGAUGCUCAACUCAACCACCACACAGCCUCCAGACCCGCUCUGUUCGAAGAACACCCUGAUCACUCAGCGGAUCAUCCCUGUGCUGUACUUUGUGGUCUUCAUCACUGGAAUACUACUCAAUGGGGUGUCAGGAUGGGUCUUCUUUUACGUUCCCAGCUCAAAGAGUUUCAUCGUCUAUCUCAAGAACAUUGUUGUUGCUGACUUUCUAAUGGGCCUGACUUUUCCUUUCAAGAUCCUUAGUGACACAGGCCUAGGGCCCUGGCAGCUGAACGUGUUUGUGUGUAGGGUCUCUGCCGUGCUAUUCUAUGUCAAUAUGUAUGUCAGCAUCGUGUUCUUUGGACUUAUCAGCUUUGACAGAUAUUACAAAAUCGUAAAGCCUCUUUCAACUUCGUUCAUCCAGUCAGUGAACUACAGUAAGCUGUUGUCAGUGGUGGUGUGGAUACUCAUGCUCCUGCUUGCUGUUCCCAACAUCAUCCUGACCAACCAGAGUGUUAGGGACAUUACAAAAAUACAAUGCAUACAACUUAAAAACGAACUGGGGCGCAAGUGGCACAAAGCAUCGAACUAUAUUUUUGUGGGCAUUUUCUGGGCUGUGUUUCUUUUGCUAAUCAUUUUCUACACUGCAAUCACAAGGAAAAUCUUUAAGUCCCAUCUUAAGUAUAGAAGGAAUUCCAUCUCAGUCAAAAAGAAAUCUAGCCGCAAUAUAUUUAGUAUCAUGGUCGUGUUUUUUGUUUGUUUUGUACCAUACCACAUUGCCAGAAUCCCCUACACCAAGAGUCAGACUGAAGCUCAUUACAGCUGCCAGUCAAAAGAACUCCUGCUCUACGUGAAAGAAUUCACUCUGCUACUAUCUGCUGCAAAUGUGUGCCUGGACCCUAUUAUUUAUUUCUUUCUAUGCCAACCAUUUAGAGAAAUCUUAUGUAAGAAACUGCGUAUCUCACUAAAAACUCGUGACCUGGACACUUUCAAAACCAGAAGGGGAAACACAAUUCAUGAAAGCACAGAUACUUUGUGAAUUCCCACCCACUUCCACAUAAAGUCCAUGCAUGCAUGUUGUCUGUCAUCUUCAAUUACAUGAUAAUUGAAUGAACAAAUAAAUAUGCCCAUGGUAAUAACAUACGACCAUUAUUACCAAUACUAACAGGAAAAUUAAUAUAGUUAGCACAAUAAAAUUCAAAUACAAGUUUCCAUUAUUUUUUGUAGCAUCAAAUAAAAAACACCAUUAGGAGAUUUUUCUAUUACUGCACUUAUUUUUCUUUUUAAUAAUAAGAAAAAUAUAAUGCAUUAAAUUAUUCAAUCACACUCCAAAAUAGCAUGUUUCAUUUUAUAAUAAUUAAUUUGUUCUGUUAACAUAGAACUUAACAGAAACAUAGCAAAGACAAUUUACGUACAUUUCUUCUUUCUCUAAAGACAAGAAUUAAAUUAGUAAGACAUAAACGUUUUUAAUGGGGUCCUUAAAGACCAACUUAAAAGCAAGCACUGUUUGAUAAGGGCUUUUUUGUUGAAAAAAAAUCAAGUUUUCUCUGAUUGAAAGCAUGAUUAAGCAGCUAUUCAGAAAAAAAACACUUAAAAAAACCCACACUGACUUAUUUUACUGCAUUUCAAAAUAUUUACUUUACAAUAAAAAUGUAAUUUUUCAAAGACAUUAAGUAUGUUAAAUAUAUCUUAUAUGCAGAUUUACUAAGGCAUUUAAUAAGUCUGAAGUUGUCACAUUAAAAUAUUUUUAAGUGGAUCCUCCUAACAGAAGCCACAUAUCAGCAUGUGUUGUCAGCAAUUUCUCCUGCUCAAAAGUAUGGGAAGGGAAACAGAAUCACCAUGAAAAAGACACAUUCUAGAAUACACAUUCCUCUCUUAUGAGGUCAGAGGAGAGUUUUCUCAGAAACCAAGCAGACUGAGGUGGACUCAAUUUAAAAAAAAAAACCUAUAAUGUAAAAUAAUGUGUGAAAUUAUACAUAAAAAUUCAUGAAUCAUGCUUUCAGCAAAGCCAAUGCAUUUUUAAUACAUGGAGAUGAGGAUACAGUUGCUGGUAUAUGAGUUAACAAAACCAACUUCUUUCUUUACUGUUUGCUGGUUAGAAGACAUUCAGG